CCUCUUUUACAAUAGGUACUUAGUAUGGUUUUUUUUACUAAUUGAAUUUGCCAAUCUCUUUUUGUAAUUGAUUGGCUCAAUUUCUGUCAGUGUAGACUAGUACAGGUAUAUCUGAAAAGCUCAUUGCUGCUCUUCUGCUUUGUUUACGCUUUGUUUUUAUGGGAGAGCUGCUGUGUAUUGCUCUCCCACUCACUUUUUCCCACAAAUUCACUGCGAUGUUUUAUCUGGUUUCUGGUGGGAAUGGGAAUGGCAAUGUGAAUGUGAUUGCGAGUGGAAAGAUGAUCGCCAGCCAGUCGUCUCCACGUUCAGUCUUCGAAGCUUCUUCAAAGCAAAAAAACGCGCAUCUCCCAGUAAAAUGACGACUCGAAUUAACCCAUUGGUGCUGUGCUUCCUGCCGGUGAUUUUCCUACUUGUCGAGGGAAGAAGUCAGCCCUGUGUCGACGAUCGCAUUGUGUUUCCCAAGGACAGUGAUGAUGAUGUAAAUUCACACUCGAAAUUAACCUACCUAAGUGAGAACUCAACUACAACAACUACGGUGGCACCAUCGAGCACAGUAACCCCACUCCUGGAAAUGGAAACAAACAUCACAGAAGCGGUAUCCACGGCAUCAGAGAAGCUGAUCAAUAGAACCACCACUGAGAAGCCCGUCAUAGAUAAUCGAAUACUGUUCGAGACGACCCCAAAAUGCAAAGAGGGCUUCGAGCUGCGUGCCAAUCGCUGUCGAAAGUCGGCUUAGUCGUUUCGUUAGUGCCUAAGAACGAUGUUUAGUCAAUAAAGUGAUAUUUGAUAGAACCAAA